CAUCUCUUGAUGGAAAAUGAGGAAUUUUCAAGCUCAAACUUUGGAAAAGAAUCCUAGAGCUAAUGCGAAUUUCAUUUCAGCUUUAACAUUUUGGUAUACUUCGAAAAUUUUUAAAAUAGGAUGGAAGCGCGAGCUAGACGCACAUGAUCUAUCGGCACCACUUAGAGAACAUAAAUCAUCAAUUCUUGGUCGACGAAUAGCGCACUUAUGGACUAUUGAAUAUACUCAAGCUGCAGAUACUGAAAAAGAACCGAGUAUGUUAAAAGUUAUUUGGAGAUGCUUUAGGUGGGAGUUUGUUAAAUAUGGGGCAAUCGUUGCAUUCAUGGAACUUGGAUUAAGAAUAUUUCAACCUUUUUUCCUUGGAGCUAUGCUGAAAUAUUUCGAACCUUUUAAUAAGAACAAUACAAAUCCUCCACGUUUCCCAAUGUAUUUGAAUCGAAUUUUUAACUAUUGGACUUCAAAUCAAAGUCCCAUUCAAAAGAGCGAAAUGUAUUUUUUUGCAUCUGGUAUAAUAGUUACUUCGUUCUUGCCUACAAUAAUUUUGCACCCGUAUAUGAUGGGAGUGACUCAUUUGGGAAUGAAAAUAAGAAUAGCAUGUUCUUCAUUAAUCUACAGAAAGGCCUUAAGGAUAGACAUAGCAGCUUUGGGAGGUGAAACUGUUGGACACUGUGUUAAUUUAUUAGCUAUUGACGUAAAUAAGUUUGAUAUCACCCCUUUGUUUUUCCACUACAUCUGGGUGAGCCCCCUCCAAACACUAUUAUGUUUUUAUUGCUUAUGGAGGGAAAUCAAAAUUGCGGCAGCUAUUGGUAUGAUAUCGAUUGCAAUCUUUAUCCCGAUACAAGUAAUAUUCGCAUUUAAAAUAAUAAAAUUCAGAGCACAAACGGCAGUGCAAACGGACGAAAGGCUGAGACACACCAACGAGUUUAUACAAGGGAUGCAAGUGUUGAAAAUGUACGCUUGGGAGUAUCCUUUGGCCAAAUUGAUCCACAAAAUUCGCAGCGAAGAAAUGAAGUAUCUUAAACCGGCUUCGUAUAUACGAGGUCUAUUCAUGUCAUUUAUACUUUUUACCACUCGUCUCGGAAUAUUUUUGAGUUGUAUGUCGCAUGUUAUGUAUGGGGGGAAGUUAACAGCUUCGAAAAUGUUUUUUAUAGUCGCUCAUUACUUCAUACUGAGGCAAACCAUGACCGUGUAUUUUCCACAAGGUGUUGCUCAGGUGGCUGAAGCUUAUGUUUCAAUCAAAAGAAUUGAAGCGUUCAUGAAAAUUCACGAAACAUCUAUUGGUGAUCCAUCUGUGUUGGAUCCUAAGAAUACUCAAGCUAUAUUUCGAAGCGUAACUCCUAAUGAUUUGCUUAGUGUUGGUGCUUUAUUACAAAAAGGGGUUUUUAUGAAUAAUAUUAUUGUCAAAUACGGUGAUUACGUUUGUAUAAACGAUCUGACUGCGAAUAUUGUACCCGGUCAACUUACUGCAGUGAUUGGACCAAUUGGGGCUGGCAAAUCAGCCCUUCUUAAUACCAUACUGGGAGAGUUAAUCCCUUCGUUCGGUGAUAUUAAAGUAAAUGGAAUUGUUUCUUAUGCAUCCCAAGAGGCCUGGCUAUUUUCAGGUUCAGUUCGGGCGAACAUACUUUUUGGUGAAUAUUUCGAUAGGAUCCGUUACAGAGAAGUGGUAACGGUAUGCACUCUGAUAAGGGAUUUCACCCUACUCCCGUUUGGUGACAGGACGAUUGUUGGAGAACGUGGAGCGUCUUUAAGCGGAGGUCAGAGAGCCAGGGUUAAUUUGGCCCGUGCUGUUUACAAAAAAGCCGACAUUUAUUUAUUGGAUGACCCCCUUUCGGCGGUAGACCCUAACGUAGCUCUGCAACUAUUCACAAAUUGCAUUACGGGCUAUUUAAAAUCGAAAGCGGUCGUAUUGGUAACACAUCAGUUACAAUUUUUACAAAGUGCCCAGCAGGUAAUUGUUAUGGAGGAUGGGAAUAUAUUGGGCAGAGGGACUUAUAAUGAACUCGAAUCGUCUGGAAUUAAUUUCACUCGAUUACUUCACACGACGCCAGUCCCCGUUACUGAAACUUACUCCGAACCACCCGAACCACGACUUCAACCGCGUAGUUUAAGUCUAGUUGGCAAACAAUCUUCAACAAUUAUACCAGAAGAAGUCGAUGAAAUACGUACUUAUGGCAAAAUGGGAAGUUAUGUUUACAAAGAAUACAUUAAAUCAGGAGGAAAUUGCUGUGUCAUAUUGAUAGUCACGCUGAUGUUUUUAUUUACACAAUUUUUCGCGAGUGGUUGUGAUUUGUUUGUCGCAAAAUGGGCACAAUUAGAAGAAAAAAGAGCAUCAUUAGGAACAGCCGAGUCCUUAGGAUUUUGGAACGUUUUAACCAGAAAAGAUUGCAUUUUGGUUUUUUUCAUUCUAAUUAUGGGCGACGCCACGUUUGCAAUAUCAAGAUCAUUCAUUUUUUAUAGUGUUUGUAUAAGAGCAGCAGUAAGAUUGCAUGACAGGAUGUUUUCUAGUAUACUUCACGCAAAAAUGACUUUUUUUCACACGAAUCCGUCAGGACGAAUAUUAAAUCGUUUUUCGAAAGACAUAGGGGCGAUAGAUGAAGCUCUACCUUCUUCUCUUAUAGACACAAUACAGAUUUGUUUGAAUCUUGUCGGUGCUGUUAUAGUUAUCGGAGUUUGCCAUUAUUUACUGAUUAUUCCUACAGUCCUUGUUAUUGUAAUGUUUAUAGCUUUGAGAAAUUAUUACUUGAGGACUAGUCGAAGUGUUAAAAGACUGGAUGCAAUUACUAGAAGUCCCAUAUUUACCCACAUCAAUGCCACAAUUCAGGGGCUUAUAACGGUAAGAUCGGAAGGAAAAGAAUCGAUUUUAUUGGAAGAGUUUGACGAACUUCAGGAUAUACAGAGCAGUGCUUACUUCUAUUUUUUAAGCACAUCAAGGGCUUUUGGUUAUUGGCUUGAUAUAAUUUGCUGCUGUUAUAUUACUACAGUUACGCUGUUCUACACUUUUACGGAAAUAGAGGGUGAAGGACCUAGUACUGGAUUAGCAAUUACGCAAGCCAUUGGACUAAUUGGGGUGUUCCAAUGGGGUAUGAGACAGUCAGCAGAAGUGGAAAGUCAUAUGACAUCAGUCGAAAGAGUUCUAGAAUUCAUUUAUGAGGUUGAACAAGAACCACCAUUGGAAUCAACCCCAGAUCAAAAGCCUCCUCCUUCCUGGCCAAAAUAUGGGAAGUUAGAAUUUCAAAAUUUUAGUUUAAGAUACGAUGUUGUAGGAAGUCCGGUUUUAAACAAUCUCAACAUUACAAUCCAUCCCAGGGAAAAGGUUGGUAUCGUUGGCAGAACUGGGGCUGGAAAGUCUACUCUAAUUUCGUCCUUAUUUCGACUAGGAUACGAAUCAGGAUUAUUGCUAAUUGAUGGUAUUGACAUUAGCAAAAUGGGCCUUCACGAUUUAAGAAAAAAAAUUUCAAUUAUUCCACAGGAACCUGUUCUUUUUUCUGGUACCUUAAGAUACAAUUUAGAUCCGUUUGAUGAGUACCACGAUGGUCUACUUGUUGCAGCGCUUGUUGACGUAGAAAUCAAAGUCGCAGUAAUAAAUGGUGCCGCAUGUUUAAAAUUAAUAAUAUCAGAAGGAGGGCAAAACCUAAGCGUUGGACAGAGACAAUUGAUUUGCUUAGCAAGAGCAAUUGUAAGAAACAAUAAAAUACUCGUUAUGGACGAAGCUACAGCUAACGUUGAUCCUACGACAGAUUUUUUAAUUCAACAAACUAUAAGGACAAAAUUUAAGCACUGUACCGUCUUAACAAUUGCACAUAGACUUGCUACUGUUAUGGAUUCUGAUCGAAUUUUGGUACUGGAUGCUGGUAAUGUUGUGGAAUUUGAUCAUCCUCACAUUUUAUUACAAAAUAGUGAUGGUUUAUUAUCUCAACUGGUAUUAAAAACGGGAACAUCGAUGGCUAAGCAGUUAAAAAAGACAGCAGAAAAAAGUUACUCACAAGCAAAGUCUGAUACUUACGAAGGAGACGACGAAAUGGAUUUAGACCAAAGUAACAGCCGGAAACAAUAAUUAUGUUUUCGCUUACAUUGUCAAAAAUACAUUGCAUAUUACGUUAAAUAUUAUAAAUAUUAAUUGGGUGAAAUAAUUUUAUUUUUAGUUUUAUAACAAUAAGCAAAAACGGAAAUCUUACUGCGAGAAUUCAUAUGUGUUUGUCAUAACCGAUUAUUUCAACAACUACUGUUACUGAAAUUUGACGAAGUUGUUGGAUAUAGUUGCAUCUAUCUAUUCCAAAUAAAAUAA